AUGAAAAACUACAGUGCAAUCAGUGAGUUCAUUCUCCUCGGAUUGUCUACUGAUCGUUACAUUCAGGCCAUUCUGUUUGUGCUGUUCCUUCUCAUUUACUUCCUCACUCUAACGGGAAACUUCUUAAUGCUGCUGGUGAUCAGGGCUGAUUCCCACCUCCACACACCCAUGUACUUCUUUUUGAAACAACUGUCCUUCCUGGACCUCUGCCACUCCUCUGUCACAACGCCCAAGAUGCUGGAGAAUUUACUUUCUGAAAGCAAAACCAUCUUUGUAGAGAGCUGCCUGGCUCAGGCCUUCUUUGUGUUUGCCACGGGGGGCACCGAGGCCUGUCUGCUGGCAGUGAUGGCCUAUGACCGCUAUGUGGCCAUCAGCUCCCCUCUGCUGUAUGCCCAGGUGAUGAGUAACCAGCUGUGUGUCGGGUUGGUAUGGAGUUCCUGGGGCCUGGCCUUUGCUGAUGCUUUCAUCAAUAUUCUCCUAGCUGUCAAUUUAGACUUUUGCCAGGGCCAGACUAUCCCCCACUUCAGCUGUGAGCUGUCUUCUCUCUUCCCUCUUUCUUGCUCUGAUACUUCUAUCAACUUUAUGCUGCUGCUCUGUUCCUCUGUCUUGCAUUUCUUUGGGACUUUCAUUAUGAUUGUUUUCUCCUAUGCACGCAUUGUCUCCACCGUCAUGAGCAUCACCUCCACCUCCAGCAGAAGCAAGGCCUUCUCUACCUGUUCCUCACAUCUCACUACUGUGAUCUUUUUCUAUGGCUCAGGUUUCAUCAGCUAUCUCUUGCCAACCUCAGGUUCCCCUCUGGAGAUAAUCUUUUCCUUACAGUACAGUGUGAUCACUCCCAUGCUGAAUCCCCUCAUCUACAGCCUUCAGAACAAGGAGGUAAAGGAAGCUAUGAGAAGAAUGUUCAGAAAAUAUUUUCAUACUCUCAUAUAG